CUGGCGCAGGGGCCGGCAGCCCCUUUUCUGCUGCGGGAGCGACGCCGGCGAGAAGGGUCCCCGGCGAGGAGGGGGAGCAUCACCCACUUUCCCAGGAGCAAAGAGGCAAGAAGAAGACAGCAGCCAUGGCUCUGGUGGGGUUUCCCCCUAAGGGAUGCAGGAGAAGAGCCCUUGCUGCCUGGGCACCAGAGCUACUGGCUUAGCCCUCCCUGGGGAUGGCAAGCCAAAUGGGGCCGAACAACACGGACAGCCUAGAGCCACUCUCUGUCCCCGAGCAGUCCAUUGCCCAGGAGGUGAUGGGCCUCUUCUGUAUGGUCCUCCUCACCCUCACUGCCCUGGUGGCCAACACUGUGGUGAUACUUGUCAUUCUCAAAACUCCCCUUCUCAGGAAGUUCAUCUUUGUCUGCCACCUCUGUGCGGUCGACCUCCUCUCUGCCAUUUUCCUCAUGCCCCUGGGGAUCAUCUCCAGCUCCUCCUGCUUCAACAGGGUGAUCUACAGCAUUGCUGAGUGCCAGGCCUUGAUAUUCCUGAAUGUCUGCUUCAUCAGUGCCUCCAUCCUCACCAUCGCCGUCAUCAGUGUGGAGCGGUACUACUACAUUGUCCACCCCAUGAGGUAUGAGGUCAAGAUGACCAUCAGGCUGGCAGUGGCGGGAGUGAUCUUCAUUUGGGUCAAGUCUGUUCUCAUCACUGUCUUGGCACUGGUGGGCUGGCCUCAAGGCAACGGGGCCACCAGCGCUAGCCGCUGCACAGUCUACUGGAGCCCUGGGGCCCACAAGAAGGCUUUUGUGAUCAUCUUCAGCAUCGUUUGCUUUGUCCUGCCCACCAUCAUCAUCUUCGCUGUCUACUGCAGUGUCUACCGCGUGGCCCGGAUGGCAUCCCAGCAACACGCCUCUGUGCCAGCACAGCCAGCAGCUGCUCCGAGACAGCGAUCCAACUCCAUCGCCAGCCAAGUGACUAUCAUCACCACCAGGAACCUGCCACUGCCCAGGCUGAUGCCAGAGCGCUUUUUUUUGGGAAGCAACAAGGCCAUCCUCACCUUGGUCCUCAUUGUAGGACAGUUCUUGUGCUGCUGGCUGCCCUUCUUCGCUUUCCACUUGCACUCCUCUGUCACUGCUGGCACGGUGGGUGGUGGGCACGGGGAGAUGGUGGUCACGUGGAUUGCCUACUCCUCCUUUGCCAUCAAUCCCUUCUUCUAUGGGCUGCUGAACCGUCAGAUCCGGGAGGAGCUGGCCCGGCUCCGGCGCAGCUGUCUCAACCGGCCGCUGGGCCAGGAGCUCUGUCUUUCCGUCUCGGAGGCCUCUGUCCAGGAAAACUUCUUGCAGUUCCUCCAGAGAGCGACUUCCACACUGGAGACCCAUGCCAGCUGCAUCAGCCCCAGCCCCAGGAACAGGCUGGACCAGACCAAGAUGGCCUUCCCCAUCCCAGGUCAAGUUCCUGAAGAGAGCAGCUGAAGAGCACGGGGUCCUGUCCCACCACGCUGGGCAGAAGGGUGGGCAGGGGACCUGCCAGGGACCCAUUGGACCUGCUUGGACUCAGCCUCUUGGAUUUGGAGGGGUCCUUGUUCAGGUUUUGCCUCUUCUCUGAGCCUGUGGUGGAAGACAGAUUCUCCGCCUGGAGAAGACAGUAGAUCUGGGGAAGCCUCAUCUCCCUUCUGCAGGCUGGGACUGUCUCUGGCUCCACCAGCACAGCCCAGUUGGAUGGAUGGGCCCUCCCUGGGACAUGGGGAGCCAAAGGGCUGCUAUGCAGGACCAGAGGAGGGAGUACCUCCACCUCCGUCACCCCGCUGGGACCACUUGUGGCCAGCAGGGAAGAGCAGAGGUCCCUUGCACCCCACCCAUGAGCAGUGGCCCAGCUAACACCACUAACACCCAUAACACCAGGGCCCUGGGCACCCCGCUGAGCCUGGACGGCGGCGUGGAGCCCUCCAUCCUUGGCUGUUUAACCCAAAACUAACGUCUGGGCGGAGGAGUUCCUGUCACCCGUGGUCCUUAAUAAGGGGGUUGGCACCCUCGGGGCUGGCUCUGGCUGUGUCUGUUCUUCCUACUGGUGUGGCAGCACAUGCUGUCCAUGGCCAUGCCCUCUGCCCCCCCCAAAGCUGGCAGGGGCUGCCUCUCCAGGGGGGGUUGCAUGCUGGGGGUCCAUGCCAGGCUGUUUAUGGACACAGCUGCCCAGCUGAAGCCCAGCCAGUGGUGCCACGUGCCAGCCAAACUGGGCUGCCAGCCAGGGGUGUGCUGGGGUGGACGCGGUGGCACAGGGUGGCAUGGAGGGGGGCUGCGUAGGGUGCCCCUGGCCAUCCGCAACCGAAGGGGACCAGGAGCUGCUGUCCCCCUUUGGUCCUAUUGCUUCUGCAGGGCUUGGGUACCCUCCCAUGGGACCUCCAGUGCAAGCAAGGGGACUGGUCCCUGCUGGGGGGGACGCUGGAGGGGUACAUCACUCCCAGCACACCCACAAAGGUCCCAGGCCACCCCCAAAGGUGCUGGCACAGUGGGUUGGAGAGCCCCCUGCCCCAGUAAUAACUGGGGGGCUGGGGGAGAACUGACCCUUGGCCUCUCAAACUGCCCCACGGCAGGGAGGGGGCUCCAGGAAA